AUGCCGGCUGAACCACUGGCUAGAGUUGUCCUGCGCGAUGUAACCCCGGAAAUAUCGCGUCACAUGUUAUCCGAUGUGAGCACACUGCCUUGUGUGCAACUUGGUGACUAUCUUCUACAAUUUGAGCUCGAGGAACCAAAAGAAUCUGUACGAGAGAUAGCUAGACGCGAACUACGUGAGACUCCAGAGAUCGUCAAACCAGCGGUCGAAGAACUGAGAAGCCUACUCGAAGCCGACAAAGACCUUUGGGUUCCUGUCGAAAACGACGCCUGGCUCAUCAGGUUCCUACGACCCUGUAAAUUCUAUCCUGAGAGUGCUUAUGAUUUAAUAAAGAGAUACUACGCGUUCAAAGUAAAACACAGCAAGCAUUACGAGGGUCUGACUCCAAGUCAAGAGCAGAAUGUGUUCAAACAGAAUGUUCUACGUGUCUUGCCUAACAGGGACCAACUAGGACGAAGAGUUCUAGUAUUGGAACUAGGGAAAAAAUGGAACCACAACAAAUGUUCGUUGGAUGAAGUUUUCAAGGGCUGCGUUUUGUUCUUGGAGGCAGCGAUGUUGGAGCCUGAGACGCAAGUCUGUGGGGCCGUCGUUAUAUUUGACAUGGACGGACUCUCGCUGCAGCAAGUGUGGCAGUUCACGCCGCAGUUCGCUAAGAGAAUCGUUGACUGGUUACAGGAAAGCAUCCCACUCCGUAUCAAAGGUUUCUAUAUAAUCAACCAGCCAUACAUCUUCAAUAUGGUGUUCCAACUCUUCAAGCCAUUACUGAAGGAGAAACUUAGAUCUCGUAUUGUGUUCAUGGGCAGUGACAGAGAGAUGCUCUAUAAAUAUAUAAGCCCUAAAUGUUUGCCAGAUUGCUAUGGAGGAACUUUGACUAUACCUAAUGUUUCUGGACCCCAAUGGUUGGAACUACUGUUAAUAUGUGAUAAGGAAUUUAUAGCUAUCAAUUCGUAUGGAUAUAAGAAAAAGUAG